GUGGUGGGGAGGAUGUCGGGAGGGGGAGUAGAGGGAGUUUGGGCCGGGAGGGGCUGGGCAGACGGCCGAGUCGGGCGAGUAGGCGGAGGAGGAGGAAGAGCUUGGAUUUGGGGGAUGGGAGGGCGCCCGCGUUUAAGCGCUUGGUGGUCGCUUGUGAUGGUGAGUUCAUGUCUAGUGGAGAUGGUGUUGGGGCAGAGGUUCGUUCGUUGGUGCUGGCACGGGCACUCGCUCUACGGACGGGGUUGUUGUCGUGAUCCUACCCUAUCUAUGGCAGUGAUGGACGAGGCCUUCCUCACUGGCAUUUCUUACCAUGGGUUUUGAAGAUGCGAACAGUGCUGACGCGAACAGGCACUUGGCUCAACGCGGAUAACGGCAUGAACAACGGCGAGCUGGCUAUUCCGAGUAACGUCACGCGCAUCUCGCGGGCCAUCAGACCUAUGAGCAAGGACGGUAUACCUCAAGUUGUCUAUUACCAGUUUGGCGUGGGCUCGAGGGGCAACGUCUUGGAUAAAAUCGUUGGUGGCACAACCGGCAGCGGCAUAGAAGAAAACGUCCGAGAAGCCUACGCCUUCCUCAGCAAUAACUACUCCCCCGGCGACGAGAUCAUCCUUAUCGGCUUCUCGCGCGGUGCCUUCACUGCGCGCAGCGUCGCCGGCCUGAUUUGCGAAAUCGGCAUGCUGACGAAAAAGGGCUUGCCUGCAUUCGUGCCUAUCUUCGAGGACGUCCAGCACAGACGAGACCACAAAUACAAGGACAAGAACCCGACGAUCCCCUUCUCCAACAAGCCCAACGCGUGUGAUCCGCGCUACCGCGAAGAGCUAGAACGGCGAGGCCUGACUGAUCUAGACGUCACGGUCAAAGCCAUCGGCGUGUGGGACACGGUCGGCUCAUUGGGCGCGCCACGCAUAGGCUGGCUGACGCGGGUGGGGAUCCAGCCGACGCAAUCCCACGAGAUGAAGUUCUACGACACCAAGCUCUCCAAUAGCAUCGAGCACGCCUUCCAAGCGCUCGCGCUCGACGAAAAGCGCGCCGCCUUCGCGCCCGCCGUGUGGGAAAAACCACGAGGCAACACGACGGUGCUGCGACAGGUAUGGUUUCCAGGCGUGCACAGCAACAUCGGCGGCGGCUACGACGACCAACAACUCGCCAACAUCACCCUCGCCUGGAUGGCCGCCCAGCUCUCCCCCUUCCUCGACUUCCGCACCAAAUACCUCCUCGCCCAAGACGACGCCGCAGCCCGCUACUACGUGAAGCGCCACGAGACGCCGCGUCCUUGGGCGUUCGGCACCAUCCCAAACUCCGCCAUGGGCUUGUACGCCCUCGCGGGCACGACUGCCCGUUGCCCCGGCACGUACCACGCCGUAGAUCCGCACACCGGGCGCGUGACCCCCCGUCCCCUGCGCGACACUUGCGAGUACGUGCACCCGAGCGUGCGGGCGCGGCUGCGGCUCGGCGGGCCGGGCGAGGCGGACAAGGGAAAGUAUAGCGCUGGGCCGCUGACGCGGGCGUGGCGGCUUGUGGUCGGGGAGAGUGAGGGCGAGGACGGCGCGCCGAGCGUCGUGUGGCGGCCCGUGAGGGGGAGGGAGGUCGAAAGCGGGGCGCCCAAGGUCCUGCCUGAGAGCCCGUUGUGGCGGCUUGAGCGCGAGUUGUGUGCGAGGGAUCCUGAGACUUUCGAUUAUGUUGUUGCGCCGCCGAGGACGAGGGGGAGGGACAAGGCGCAUGCGAGGAGAAGGAGGAGUAGGAGUAGGGCUGGUGGGGAGGGGAGGGACAGGAGUGAGUGGAGGAGGAGUGUGGGAUGAGUGAACUACGGCGAAUGUGUAAGAGUACGGUACUUGCGUA